UUGUUCGUUGGUUUCAUUGUCUCUGUCUUCUACUCUUCUUGUGGAUUCUCUCACUCUAAGCUUCCCAAAAUGCCACCCUUCUGAGCUUAUCUCCACCCUUUUGUUUUCUUUCCCACGGUUCCCUCUUCUUGGGGCUUUCGGAUUCCAAUUCCUUCUCCAAAAGAAACUACGGGAGCACGCCAUUCCACUCCAUUUAAGCUGCCUGCAUUGGGAUCUAGCCGUCAAAAUUCCAUCUUAUAUUGGAGCAGUUGGUCACUUCUUAUCAUUCUUCAAGAGUUCUCUCCAUCGAUUCACAAAAUGCCGCUCUUCUUCUCUUGCAUUCCUUCGUAAGCCGUAGUUUGCCUUUUUCUCACUUCAAAAAGCUUUCCUUUUGGACUCGUUAUUGGGUUUCGGGGGGAAAAAAUCCGCUUUAGAUCCCUCUUCCAAUUCCUUGAAUUCAAGUUCCCCAUUUCUCUUUCCUUGAGAUUUUUACAUUUUUCUCUUCAAAACGCUUCCUUUUUUGGCUGCAUUUGUUGGAUUCACUGCAAUAAAUGAGUUGCCGCUUUUAUAUUCAUCUGCGUUUUUUUCCCUUUCAAAGCAUCUCCUUUGGGUUUUUAUCCCCAUCCCUCAAAACAAAAUUCGACAUUUUGUUCGCAUUCCAGAAGUAGUACCUGUUCCCUGGUAUUCAGAUCCAUUUCACAUAAUCACCAAAAUGCCACUGGCGGCAGCUUCCUCUGGGGCUAGCCGAACUCUCUCUAUAGGGUUCUUCAUUGGAAUUCUCUUGGGUUUUUGUUUCCUCGCUGAUGGCAUAAAUCUGUGGCCGAUGCCAAAAUCAGUGACCCAAGGGUCGCAGACCCUUUAUUUGGGCAGAGAUUUCCAGUUGACGACAGACGGGAGCAAGUAUUCAGAUGGUUCUGGGAUCUUGAAGGAUGCAUUCCAGAGGACGAUCAACCUUGUCCAAGCGGCUCACACCAUUGAUGGUCGCGUGCCGGGGUCUGGUGUUCUUGCUGGUGUGAAUGUGGUGGUUCUUUCAUCUGAUGAUCAGCUGAACUAUGGAAUUGAUGAAUCCUACAAAUUAUCUGUUCCCACAACUGGAAAUCCCUUAUAUGCACAUAUUGAGGCUCAAACAGUUUUUGGAGCACUUCAUGCUUUGCAGACGUUUAGCCAAUUGUGUUAUUUUAAUUUCACCACCAGGGUUAUUGAACUUCAUUUGGCUCCUUGGACUAUUUUUGAUCAGCCAAGGUUUUCUUAUCGUGGACUUCUAAUUGAUACAUCACGGCAUUAUCUGCCUGUACCAGUGAUAAAGAAUGUUAUUGAUUCAAUGUCCUACAGUAAAUUGAAUGUUCUUCAUUGGCAUAUUGUGGAUAAGCAAUCUUUUCCACUAGAGAUACCUUCAUAUCCAAGACUCUGGAAUGGGGCAUACUCUUAUACAGAGAGAUAUGCCAUGGCUGAUGCUCAAGAGAUUGUCCAAUAUGCGGAAAGACGAGGGAUAAAUGUGUUAGCGGAGAUUGAUGUCCCGGGUCAUGCUCUCUCAUGGGGUGUCGGUUAUCCUUCUCUGUGGCCAUCUGCUGAUUGCCAAGAGCCACUUGAUGUCAGCAAUGAGUUUACAUUCAAAGUAAUUGAUGGAAUUCUUUCAGAUUUUAGUAAGGUUUUUAAGUUCAGAUUUGUCCAUUUGGGCGGUGAUGAAGUCAACACAAGUUGCUGGACUUCCACCCCUCAUGUAAAUCAAUGGUUGAAAAAGCAUAGGAUGAAUGGAUCCGAUGCCUAUCAAUACUUUGUCUUACGAGCCCAAAAGAUAGCACUAUCACAUGGAUAUGAAGUCAUUAAUUGGGAGGAGACAUUCGACAACUUCGGGAACAAAUUGAGCCCUAAAACAGUGGUGCAUAACUGGCUUGGUGUUGGAGUGGCCCCAAGGGUGGUUGCUGCUGGUCUAAGGUGCCUUGUCAGCAACCAGGACAGUUGGUACUUGGAUCAUCUAGAUACCACAUGGCCGAAGUUCUAUAUGAAUGAGCCACUCACAAAUAUUUCCAACCCUGAACAGCAGAAACUGGUUAUUGGUGGAGAAGUAUGCAUGUGGGGAGAACACAUAGAUACCUCGGAUAUUGAGCAAACUAUAUGGCCACGUGCUGCAGCAGCAGCAGAGCGGCUAUGGACUCCACUUGAAAAGCUGGCAAAGGAUCCAAAACAAGUCACAUCAAGAUUGGCUCGCUUCAGGUGUUUGCUGAAUCAAAGGGGGGUUGCUGCUGCACCAUUGUCUGGACCUGGUCGAGUGGCUCCAAUGGACCCAGGUUCUUGCUUAGAGCAGUAGGCUCCGCCAACUGGCUGAUUGAGGUUUAUCUGACAGGGAGUGCCUCAUUCGUUGGCUGACAGGGCUUCAACCGGGGAGAUAUUGUUAUGGAGUGGGUACAGCCAUCAAUUUUAGGUGUAGUGUUUACUUCGAUUCAGAAAAACUUGAAAUAAUAGCUUCUGCUUGAUGUAAGUCAAGCAAUUUUAUUGUCAAAGACUUCAAUAAUCUAUUGAUGUUGUUACUAAUUGAUGGUCCAUUUCAUUAAUCCAGACACUUGCUUUUCUGAA